UCGGGAGUUUUCAAAAUGCCGUAUUAGUUGAUAAAUAGGGUGAUAAGGUUGAACGUCAUGGAAGGUGGAAGAAUGAAUUCCAGGGACCAGCAAUUCAUAUCUUUUGAUAAUUAUUCAGAUUCAAGUGCUGGAACAUCCGCACAGAUGAAUGUCGAUUUAGGACUGCCGAAUCAACAGCUGUUUGGACACUUGCAGAGUAAUGCUACGGCUGAUGGGAUUAUGCAGGACUUCAAUGAAAUUUCUGGUCAAAAAGAUGUGCCAAGAAGUUUCUGGACCGUAGAAUAUUAUCAAAAGUUCUUCAAUGUCGAUACAAACGAUGUCUUGGAAAGGAUAAAGAGAUCAAUGAUACCGCACGGAGUGGACAAUUAUUUAUUGACCCAAAUUAGACAGAAUCCAGAUUUAUAUGGUCCAUUUUGGAUUUGCAUCACUUUAAUAUUUGCCAUUGCCAUAAGUGGAAAUCUGGCCAACUACUUUCAGUCUGUAAAUACCAAUAAUUAUCAUUGGAAGUAUGAAUUUCAUAUCGUGUCUUAUGCUGCGGUUUGUAUAUUUCUGUAUGCGUGGUUGUUUCCUAUUAUAUUAUGGAUAGCAUUGAAAUGGUCAAAAAGUCAACAGGAAUCGCUCGAUGUUGAACUAAUAGAUCCUAAUACAUCGGUCGGCCUUCUGGAACUUCUUUGCCUAUACGGCUACUCUCUUACAAUUUACAUACCUGUAGCAUUUUUGUGGACGAUUCAAAUAGGAUUAUUACAAUGGUCGCUGGUAAUCGUUGCAACAAUUUUAUCUGGUGGUGUUUUACUGCGGUCUCUUUUACCCCUUAUUCCAGGGAAACAGAAGGCGGUUUACACAGCCGUUAUAUUAGGUAUGCAUUUAUUGCUUGCUGCCGGAUUCAUGCUGUACUUUUUCCAUGUUCCGUCGACUUCCAUGCAUUCCGAUGUGACAGUUUCGACUACAAUCAAAACACUUAGGAAUACUAAAGUUAUGAGUUCUGCUGGAUACAAGAGUACUGGCUUACCUAUCAAAUCAUUAAAACUCACUGCAUAAUCAUUUAUAAUUGCAAAAAGCCUAAGAGCCUGUAAAUGUGAUAUAUAAUUUUUUUAAUCUCGUUUUUACUAAAUAUUACAGUGCUAAGUGACAAAUCUCUAUGUAACGACGAGUUAAUAUUUGCUCAAUCUCUUACGAGGAAAUGAGUUAUGUACAUUAUUAUAUAAUAAUGCUGAAUAAUGCAUCACCUUAUUGUGUUGUAGAAUUGUAAGAUUUUAGGGUAAUUUUU